CUUAUUUAAAAUUCCGGUGUAAGUAAGACGUCACGGCAACCCUGCCCAUUUGGUGGUUAUUGUUUGUGGGGGGUCGGAUUUUAUUUACAAACCAAAUCUAUUCACUCCCAACUUUUUUUUUUCUUCCUUAUUAAAGCUUAUAUAUUUUUAAACAACAAAAAAUGGCUUCUGGUUUUGGUUUAGACGGUGGUCGUGGUCGAUGUUUUCAUUUUUGGCAGGAAUUCAAUAAAUGUUAUGCUACUGCUGAUCUUCCUCAACAAUGUCUUGAUCAACGCGAUGACUAUUUUGAAUGUCUUCACCACACCAAAGAGUAUGCUCGAAUGGCACAUAUCAAGGCAGAGGAAUUAAAGCAAAUUCAAAAAAGAAGACUUGAACAAGAAAAGGCAAAGAAAGAAGCUUCAAGUGCAGCAGAUUCAAAUAUGCCAAAAUUAAAAUUAAUUGACCAACCAGGUGCUGCUGCUGCUGCUACUGACGCAAAGGCAAGCGCAUAAUAGAAUUUCGUCAACUUAUCCUCACAUAACAACCCAUAUUUAACGAUAUCAUUCAACACAAACGAACAAAUAAAGAAAGGGAGGAAGGGAAGGAAGGAGAGAAAUGAAGUUUAUAGUUGUAUAUUAAUAAAAGUGUAUAUGUAUGUGUAUGCAUGUAUGUUUGUAUGCAUGUAUGUUUGUAUGCAUGUAUGU